CAGAGAGAGUGCCGGAGUCCCUGCCAAGUCGGUUUGAAAAGAGCAGACAAAGGCUUUGAGCUCAGGACGCCCCUCUCUCUCCCUCACUCUGCCUACAAAGCCAACCUGGCUCUACCCUUUCUGCCUCGCUAUCAUGGAAAUGUUUGUUAAUAGGCGGCGUUAAGAGUGCUGGUUUUAUUUUUCACUUUCUCAUUCUGACAUGUACGACCGUCUGGAUCCCCGCUCGGCCGAGAGAGGACGGCUUUUAGUAGGUAUAAUACAAGGAAGCGUCGUCUGAGAGAGGGAGAGAGAGGGGGAAGGAUUGACGCUUUUUCCUCCUCUCCUCCUCCUCCUCCUUCUUCCUUUCGCCCCCCUCUCCUCCUCUUUUUGGCGGAGAGAGGAGUUCAGGCAGGAAUAAACGCUCUUUUUUUUUGUUUUUUCUGUUUUUUUUUUCUAAAUGCAUUUGAAUCCUACUGCGCAACCAGACCGGAUCACGUGGGGCUGGAGAGAGUUGGAUCGAUUUUGCACAGUUCAACGUGAGAAAAAGAGAGAAACAAACAACUCCUAUUUCUUUUUUUCCACUUCUCUGGAUAACUGGGACUGUUGAUACUUUUGCAUAAUUGCAAGAGAAAGGGGAGUGGGUUCUUGUUUUCUUUCUCAGCCUUGGAGGUGUGGAGUAUUAUUUCUUAUAUGCCUGGGGUUUGAAAAACAAUGGAGACGCACAUUUCGUGCCUCUUCCCGGAAAUUUUGGCCAUGAUUUUCAGCUAUCUGGACGUGAGGGACAAAGGCAGGGUAGCCCAAGUGUGCAUCGCUUGGAGGGACGCAUCCUACCACAAGUCAGUGUGGAGGGGGGUGGAGGCCAAGCUGCACCUCCGCCGGGCCAAUCCCUCUCUGUUCCCCAGCCUCCAGGCCAGGGGAAUCCGGAGGGUCCAGAUCCUGUCCCUGCGCCGCAGCCUGAGCUAUGUGAUCCAGGGGAUGCCCAACAUCGAGUCCCUCAAUCUGUCCGGCUGCUACAACCUCACGGAUAACGGGCUGGGUCAUGCGUUUGUGCAGGAGAUCCCAUCACUGAGGGUGCUGAACCUGAGUCUGUGCAAGCAGAUCACAGACUCCAGCCUGGGCAGGAUAGCUCAGUACCUGAAGAACCUGGAGGUGCUGGAGCUCGGAGGCUGCAGCAACAUCACCAACACUGGGCUUCUGUUGAUAGCCUGGGGCCUCCACAGGCUCAAGAGCCUCAACCUGAGAUCCUGCAGGCACGUCUCGGACGUGGGGAUUGGACAUUUGGCGGGCAUGACCCGCAGCGCGGCGGAGGGCUGCCUGAACCUGGAGUACCUGACCCUCCAGGACUGUCAGAAACUGACGGACCUGUCACUCAAACACAUUUCCAAGGGGCUGACCAAGCUCCGGGUACUGAACCUGAGCUUCUGCGGGGGGAUCUCAGACGCAGGCAUGAUCCACCUCUCCCACAUGGCCUCGCUGUGGAGCCUCAACCUACGCUCCUGUGACAACAUCAGCGACACAGGGACCAUGCACCUCGCCAUGGGCACCCUGAGGCUCUCCGGGCUUGAUGUGUCCUUCUGCGACAAGAUCGGGGACCAGACCCUGGCGUACAUCGCCCAGGGGCUGUACCAGCUCAAGUCCCUGUCCCUGUGCUCGUGCCACAUCUCUGACGACGGGAUAAACCGGAUGGUGAGGCAGAUGCACGAGCUGAGGACCCUGAACAUUGGACAGUGCGUGCGCAUCACGGACAAAGGACUGGAGCUGAUAGCUGACCACCUGACCCAGCUGGCGGGCAUCGACCUGUAUGGAUGUACCAAGAUCACCAAGAGGGGACUGGAGAGGAUCACACAGCUCCCCUGCCUUAAAGUGUUGAACCUGGGACUCUGGCAGAUGACAGAGAGUGAGAAAGUGAGGUGAUUGGAGAUGUUCUGUUUUGUUUGUGCGUUUUGUUGCCGGAUGGGGACAGAGGGGGACAUGUGGAGCAGGAGGAGGGGGAACAGACGGGCGGUGAAUUUCUUUUCUUAUUUAAAAAAAAAAAGAGAGGAAACCUCCUUUUCCCUCCUGUGUGGUUGUGUAAGGUGUGCUUCUCCCAUGUGACCAGAAUUUUCUGUUCAGACGUUUUAUUUUCCUCUCUCUGUUGGCCUUGCAGGAUCUCAAUUAGUGUUUGAUAUGACUUAAUAUUCUGCCUGGUAGGAAGCAAUUAAAACUUACUUUUGCUGUGAGCUCACGAUAACAAUUGUUUUGAUCUCAUACUGAGUUUUUAAUAUCUCACAUGUUCUGACAUCAGACUGGAAUAACGUGCAAAUCAGCUUCAUUUUUUUUGUGUCAUUUGAAUGAUCCGCUUCCAGAGUAUUCUCAAAGUUGCAUCCAAGUGAGGUUUGAAACUUUUUUUUUUUUUUUUUUGGUUUUGUUUU